UCGUAACAAAACAAGAGUAAAAACAGUUGUUCAAUGAAAAUUAUUCGGCCUAAAGAAUUCGGCUUAAAAUUCGACAAAAAUGUGACCCUUAUAAAAUAAGUUCCCAAACAGAAGGUACCUAACUACAAAGACUGAAAUAUAAAUGUUUUAACAAUGACUUUAUUCAACGGACUCAUAUCCACAAUCAGUGAUUAAUCGAAAAGUUUUUUAACAAGGAGUCAAAGUGGCACCAUUCAAGUUUAAAUUCAGCAGAAUGUCGAAAUCGAAUUCUUCGACAAGAAGCAAUUCGAUGGAGACUCCUGCUGAAGGCGAAAACGAAUUAGAAAGUCCCAGAGGGAACGUCUCUCCAAUAUUGGAGAAUGCCGACGGAAACGAACUCAUCCCUGCCAGUCCACCGCCAUCAUACGAAUACGUACUCGAAGAGACUCGUCUGAAAGCUAAAAGUGAGCUUUCUUCUCCAACAAACCCUACGAAAGGACCAGAAAUAAUGCAUAAAUCAAGUAAAGAAUUAUAUAAAGCAGUAGCCAAACAGUUUGGAAUAACUUGUAAAAUGUCCGACCAAUGUAGAUGUUUCGACUGCCAAAGUCACUACUUUGACUGUGAAUAUGAGAAGAACGAACAAGAAAAGACCGACGGGGGAUUAGGAGCUGGAACCCCGAUGUUCAUUUCGGAGGUUAUGCAUGGUACAGCAUGCAUUAUUUUGUAAUUUUUAAAAUCUGUUCUAGUAGUUAAAAAACAGAAGACUAAUAAACUGUGUAAGUUUGUAAGUAAACUAUAUUUACCAACUAGUUUAUUAAGAAAUCUCAUAUAGGAUGUGAACUAUGGUGGCUAACAAUCCUGAUUUUAAAACUAGGUUACAUCUUGUACAAAUUAAAAAAUUCAACAGAGGUAAGUGUUUUACGAUGAGUAUCUUAAGUUAAAAAAAAUAUUGAAAAAUCCUUUAUAAAAAGUAUAUAUUUAUUAAAAACCCUCAAAGGGCUACAUAUAAAUUACAGGAAGUUUUGAUCUAAAUAGAUCAUCAUCAGUGCUGAUACAGACAAAUCACAUGCUAAGUCACUAAAAAUACAUGGGUAAAAACUAGGGAUUUUGAAAAAGUAACUAUUCGUUACAAAGUACUCGUUACUUACGAAUACCGAAAGUAACGAUUACUAUACAGAGAGGCAAAUCGUUACUUUGAAUACUUUGAUUACUCUGAUUACUUGGUUACUUCGUACCAAUCGUAUCAGAGCGAGUACCUAUUUGAGUAUUGUAUCUACAAUCAGUUGAUAUUGGAAUCGGACCGGUAUUCCACGAGUGUUCGGUAUCAGUACAGUUAACUAAAAUUUUAUCUAUGAAGGACGAAUAAGGCUAUGAAGAGUUUUACAGGAUUACAGGGCGCUGGGAAGUAGCUGAAACAGAGGGAGGUAUAUCAUUUAACAAAGCAUGCACCCAGAAACAGAUGUCUAUAUGAUAAAAUACGAUUUGUCGAGGUAGAUAAUUCACUGAUUCACUAUUCUUACCAGGCCUAGAAAAAAAAUACGUAGCUUAGAUUGACCGGAAAAAAUGUAGAAAUGAUAAUAUUUCUAGACUGUGAUCAUCAACUUUAAUUUUACAUGUAGGUAUGGCAUUGUUGUUAUUAGACCAGGGCUUCUUCUUCUUCUUGUGCCACUCCUAUCGGAGAUUGGAAAUCAUCGAGGCCACCCUGACUUUGUUUACAGCUGACCUAAAAAGUUCAUUAGUGGUGCAGCCAAACCACUCUCUCAAAUUCCGCAACCAUGACAUUUUUCUACGGCCUGGAUUCCGUUUUCCUUCUAUUUUUCCUUGCAUUAUAUUUUGAAGUAAUGCGUAUUUAUGGCCUCCCAUCAAGUGAUCCAAAUAUUCGAGUUUUCUUCGUUUUAUCGUUAACAAAAUUUCUGGGUCUCUUCCUAUCCUUCGUAUUACUUCAAGAUUUGUGAUUCUUUCAACCCAACUUAUCUUCAGCAUUCGACGGUAGCACCACAUAUCGAAACUUUCAAUAUUUUUUAUAUUGUUCUGUUUGAGAGUCCAGGCCUCUACACCAUAUAAUAGCGUGUUAAAUACGUAGCCUCUUAGCAUUCUUAAUCGUAGAGGGAUGCUUAUAUCUCUGUUGCAGAAGAAUUUUCUCAUAUUUAUGAAGGUGGCCCUGGCAAUUUCGAUACGUCUUUUUAUUUCAUUGUUUUGGUCUCCAGUUUCGUUUAUAGACCAGGGCAUUUAACACUAAAAACACAGGAAUAAAUCUAUUUUUAAAUAGAGUAGGUACCUAGAGACUUGCAACUUUUUGCAUUGUGUUUAGGAUUAGGAUGACGUCUGGAAAUACGUAUACAAUAGAAAAAUGAGUGGAAAUGCAUUAAUACAUUUUAAAGUGUACAAAACGCAACGAAAAAUGCAUAAACAUAUUAAAAUCAGUAUAUUAAGGGCCAGAUUUUCUUAUUUCGUGAUAUUUGGGGUCACUGAACACGAAUAUGCAGUCAGAACCGACCUCCGAAGCACCUGGGUGCCCAGGGUUACCGCUAAGGUACGUCAUCUAGAGUUUCGAGGGUUUGUUUUUGGCACUUAGUUGAUGCAAAUAGAUUACUCGUGAUUACUGAUAUUGUGGAGCAGCAAUGACAGAACAAUUAACAACAUUAAUUAACAAAAUCAUAAAACACAAUAAAAUACCGGAAGAAUGGAGUACCGGAAUGGAUUACCGGUACUCAAAUACACAAGUAAUCAUAGUAAUCAAAAUAUCCUACUAAUAUAAAAUAUGUACUGAGAAAUGCGAUUAUCCAUAUGAUUACCGGUACUCAAAUACAAAAGUAACAAAAGUAAUCAAAGUAACGAAUACUGUAAAUGAUUACUUUAUACAAAAGUAACGAUUACUCAAAAGUAACUAUAAUCAACAUCACUAGUAAAAACACUUAUAGGGCCGGUUGUUCGAACGCUAAUCAACAAUGAUCAUUAUCAAAUAAUUAAUUACUGUCAAUGUCAAUUGUUAAAACAUAAUUAAUUACAAUUCUGAAACUAUAAUCAAUUAAUAUAACAAUAAUUAUUAACAUAAUUAAUAAUAAAUCUCAUAAUUGUAAUUAAUUAUGUUUUCAGCAACCCAAACAAAGUUGACAUUGACA